AUGGGUGCAUAUCAAUUGGACAACCCGAAGCAUCAGGAGAAAUUCUUUAAUUGGUUUCUUUUUGCCUGGAAUAGUGCUGCAAUUGUCGCUGCAACGGUAGUUAUCUAUGUUCGAGAUGAUGUGAGUUGGGCAUGGGGGUUUGGCAUAUGUGUCGCUGCCAACGUGCUUGGUUUAAUUAUUUUCUUGGCCGGAAGGCGAUUUUACUGUGAUAUCAAGCCACAAGGGAGUCCAUUUAAAGAUCUGACUUGUGUAAUUUUAGCAGCAAUUGCCAAGAGGAAGCUCCUGUUAUCGGAUAAAACUCAAGAUUUUUAUAGUGAGACUAGUGAUGAUGCAGGCAAAGAACCAGUGGCUGCAGCACCUACUGAAUCCUUCAAGUUCCUGAAUCCUGCAGCACUCCUAACCCAGUCAGCUACUGAAGAAGAUGGAUCAAUCAAGAAAUCAUGGAAGUUAUGUACGGUUCAACAAGUAGAGGAUCUAAAAACCUUGAUAAGAAUCAUCCCACUUUGGACGACUGGUAUCUUUUUAAGCACCCCAGUUGCUAUUCAGUCAAGCUUAACAGUAAUUCCGGCUCUCACCAUGGACCGUCACUUUGGACCAAACUUCAAAAUCCCACCGGCAUCAAUAAUGGUUUUCACACUGCUUUCAGCAAUUUCACUCCCAUUGAUAGACCGGUUGUCCGACCCCAUAUGGCAAAAAAUCAGCAUCCCACCACUCACACUACUUCAAAAGAUAGGAAUUGGCCAUGUACUGACCAUUCUAAGCAUGGCCAUCUCAGCUUUGGUAGAAUCAACGCGUCUUCGACUAAGUAAAGCUCAUAACUUGCACUCCACUGUUCCUAUGGUGCCCAUGUCGGUUUUCUGGUUAAUUCCACAGCUUAUUCUUGUGGGCAUUGUUGAAGCGUUAUCUUUUCCAGCUCAAGCUUCAUUAUUUUACCAAGAAUUUCCUGCAUCUUUGAAGAGCACCUCAACCGCCAUGGCUGCAAUGCUUGUUGGCAUGGCAUUUUACUUGAGCGCUGCCCUUAUUGAUCUCUUCCGGAGAGUAACAAAUUGGUUACCUGAUAAUAUUAAUCAGGGAAGGCUAGACAAUGUAUACUGGAUGCUGGUUGCGAUUGGUGGAGUGAAUUUCGUUUAUUAUCUUGUUUGUACUUGGUUCUACAAGUCCAAUCAGCCAGAAGAGGAAUAG